AUGGAUCAACAUAUUAUAAUAUCAACAAUCACAGCACUUCUCCUUCUUUAUAAUAAUGUUGUGGUGUCAGCCCAGUCUGCAGUGCCUCGAUGUUUUCAUUUCACAUGGCUUGGGCCAAGAUAUAACAAUGAAAGUGUGUUCCUGAACGCUACCUGCCAAGAGGCUACACGUUUAGCUGACGGAGUUCCUUGUGUACAGCCGCUGGUUGCAUCAUACGACGGAACUUGGCCAGAUGUUGAGUAUAUUUGGACACACCACUCCAGAGAAGCUUCGUGUAUAUUAGGACAAAGUGACGUCUGUGCCAAAUACACCUACUACUUUGAUGGACAUGUGGAAAAUUCAACUUAUAUGUGCACUCGGGCUGUGGACUCGUUCGGGGAAGCAGUCACCAGCGGCUGUUACCAGCAGAGAAAUGGCAGUUUUGCUACUCGAGUGUGCUUCUGUCGCUCGGUGCCGGGCGGUGUGCCUUGUAACGAGGCAGUAGUGAAGUCCGUUGUGUCUCUAACGAUCUUUAUUAUUGCCAUUGCUUUAGUUGUUUACGAAAAUAUACUUACGUGA